UGUGCUGAAGUUCUAGCAUGCCUGAUCCGUGUACCCGUCGAAAUUGCGAAACAACGACGUCAAACACUUGGUAAUACACAGAAAACCACAGCACUACAAAUACUUUGGCGUGCUUACAAACUAGAAGGGUUGUGCCGUGGUCUUUAUCGUGGAUUUAGUACUACGGUGAUGCGUGAAAUACCAUUCAGCUUAAUACAAUUUCCCAUGUGGGAAUAUUUUAAGCUACAUUGGACUGCUACAACUGGCAUGGAUUCGACUCCUUUUACAGUUGCAUUAUGUGGUGCAAUGGCUGGUGGUAUUGCCGCAGGUCUCACUACACCACUAGAUGUAGCAAAGACGCGUAUUAUGCUUGCUGAACAGGGCACGGCAACAAGAAAGUUGAAUCCACGCACUGUGUUAGCGGCCGUGUACAGGGAACGUGGUUUUGCGGGUCUUUUUGCCGGUUUUGCACCACGUGUCCUCUGGAUCACUUUAGGCGGUGCAUUCUUCUUUGGGUUUUAUGAUUUAACAUUAAGACUUUUGCGUGGUACUGUAGCAGCGGAUAAUCCAAAUAUAUAGCAAAGCAAUAAUUGAUAUGAAAUCGCAAAGUUCUUUAAUUUUAAGUCUAUAGGCAUGCCCUUAACAAACGUUCAUAUGUAAUAUGUACGUACAUACAUACAUAUCUUUAUGCCCAUGGUCCUGUGCAAUAACGACACAAUUCAAAAUUCAAAAACUAAAAACCGUUACUACUGUUUAGUAGCUCAUGUCUCUAAUCCUUAUCGAAUCCAUGUCUAAUAUUUGAACUUAGUUUAGCAAUCCUUACUGCUUCCUUAGUAAGGGAUGGAAAUGGAUUAGAGACAAAAGUCACUUAACAGUAGUAACAUUUUUUAAUAUUUUGAAUUUUGAAUGGUUAUUGCACAGGACCAUCGAUGUGUGUAGAAACAGAUAUACUCAAAUUAAAAAUAAUUGAUUAGUUGUAAGAAUCAAUUUAAUGCUUAUUUAUAAUGUAUUUUCUAUUUUCAUAGACUUUGGAUCGAAGCAAAAAUAUAUUUAGAAUCUAGCUUAGUUUCCAUAA